AUGACAAGCGAACCAUCAUUCGAUGAUCUACCUACCUUCGACGCAACAAAGUUCGAACCCCCUUCAUGGGCUAAAACGCAAUUCCAUCAUUGGGGAGAGAAGAAGGGUGAAAGUUCUAAUUCGAACACAGGUUCUAGGUCAGACGCCGAGGUCCCGAAGCCUACAAGUAAAGAGGAAUUUGACGAUCAAUUCAGCCGUGAUGAGCACGAAAGAGAUGAAGACCAUGAGGGUGAUGAAGAUAUUCGGGAAGAUGCAAAAGAGGAUCAGAUAAUUGAACCUGACGAAGCUAAAUUUACGACCGACGAGUUGAAGGGACUACUCAAUCUAGCUACCAAGCUCAAGAAUGAGGGUAACGACUUGUAUAAAUUCAACCCACCCAAAUACGAUCAAGCUAUUUUAUCAUACAUCAAAGCUUUAGAUCAUCUACCUUUUAUACCCAAUCCUUCCGUCUCGGAUCAGGAGAAAGAGAAGAACGAUGAGAAGAAGAAAGAGGUAGGAAGUGGCAUAGAGGAAGUGACAGAUGAAGAAGCGCUCAAAAUACAAGAAGAACAGGAACAUGACCAAAGUAAAAAUGGGAUAAGCGAUGAGGAUCAAGAGAGGUUGGAUGUUGAGAAUGACAUUAAGGAAAUGAAUAAGGCUGUUUGGGGUAAUCUGGCAGCUUGUUAUAUUGCUAUUAAAGAUGAUAAGAAGGCUGUGGAAGCCUGUUCGGAGGCGCUAAAGAUCGAUCCUAAGUAUAUAAAAGGAUUACAUCGACGAGCGACCGCGAACGAGAGGAUAGGUGAUUUGAACGCUCUGGUAGCAGCGAAAGAGGAUUACACCCUCCUCACUACCCUCCUCCCUCCUACAUCUCCCCUCCUCCCAUCAAUCAAGAGAUCCCUCUUCACCCUUCCCGAACAAAUCAAAGUAGAAGAAAAGAAACAGAUGGACGAGAUGAUGGCCAAACUGAAAGAUUUGGGUAAUUCGUUAUUGGGCAAUUUCGGUCUGUCAACGGAUAACUUCAAGUUUGAGAAGCAGGAGAACGGUGGUUGGGGGAUGCAGUUCCAGCGAUGA